GUCACAGCCGCGCGCCGUGUGACGUCACUGCCGCGCGCCGCGGCGAAGGACAGGGCGCCCGAGCGGGGCCGAAGCGAACGGAACCGAACGGAACCGAACGGAACCGAACGGAACCGGAGCAGGGACCGGAGCAGGGACCGGGGAACCGGGCCGGGCCGCGGCGCCAUGAGCGGCUCCCUGGGGGAUGAGAAGCUGCGGGUGCAGCAGCUCCGCGCCCUGCGGCGCCGCUGGCUGCGGGACCAGGAGCUGAGCCCGCGGGAGCCCAUCCUACCCCCGCAGAAGCUCGGGCCCGUGGCCGCCUUCUGGGAGGGCUUCCUGAGGCCCGGCGGGCUCUGGCGGCAGCAGGUGCACAAGGCGUACCGGAGCGGCCGCUUCSUGAUGCUGCGGGUGCUGCUCCCCGCCUGGGCCAUCACUUACUACCUGAAGUACCACGUCCAGGAAYUGCCGCACGGUGUGGUUCUGACAAAUCCACGGAUACUCCCAGGGGACAUGGUUUUAGAGACUGGAGAGGUCAUGCCACCCCUUCCAGAAGAUUCCCACCACCACUGAUGGCCAGGAGCUGAUUUCCUCCUGAGGUGAACACAGCAAGAGCUGCACCUGCUUUGUCUCUUAUAUAAAAGUGUCUUUAUUC